AUGUCGAUUGUUUAUUGGGCGAAGAUCGUCGAAAGUGAGUCUGUCCAUCACGGUCAUGAAAGCAAAGAAAGAAUAACAUCGAGCGCAACUAGACCUUCUUCCGGCGUCAACAAGAAUGUCAAGAACAACGGAGCCAAUGCCGACGAUAUCCUCACGAGCAACUCUUCGAUUAAGUGGCCGAUGGCGAGUCCAGCUCCUUCAAAGUUGGGAAAUGCUUCCUAUUCGACGCCGUCGCCUAUAGGAGAGCAAAUAUUCAAUCCUUUCAACCCUCUCCCGCGCGACGAACCUCGGACGAGGUCGCAAUUUGCAGACGCCGGAGUCGACUAUUGGAUCGAAAUUGCUGGGCAGGAAGGCUUCGCUGAAGCGAGCGACGAGCUCGAUCUGCUGGACCUUCAUUCGAUCGAUACGGCCCAUCUUUUACCACUUCCCGAUGUUGACAUGCCAAAGGACAGUACAGCACAUGAUAUCGACCCAGUGUUCACCAACGAAACCGAGGCAUUCUCCGUAUCAAAUGAUUCCAACCGACUUAAUGCUCGUAAACCGAGUGCCAGUGAAGCAGACAGCGGCCAAGUGCGGGUAGACGAGCCCACGGAGCAAUUGGCCAGUCGGCUAGGUUGUCUUCGCAUCGCUGAGGAUGGCCAUUUGAGAUACUAUGGUGCUACCAGCAAUCUGCAUCUGAUCCGCAACGGCUUCCAGCAUUGUUUCCAGCCCUCUAUUCGCACAAUUCGCACGCAUGGUCAGGAUGCCCUUGAACGUGCUGGUCUACACUGGCCUCCGGACACUCGAUACGAAGACCAUCUCACCACCUUGUUUUUCACCUGGCACAACACGUUCCUCUGUGUCGUGGAUGAGGCUGCCUAUUACCACCAUCGACAAUUAUACCGCGCGGGUAACACCACCAUCUACUUUUCUCCGACGCUGGAGAACGCAAUACUUGGAAUUGGUGCCGCCUAUGCAACUCGUAAACACCCGGCAAUCAAAGACGACCCAGCCGAAUUCUUCGCCCACCGUGCAAAGGUGCUCCUGGACAUCGAGAUGGACAGCCCGAGCGUGGCCACCAUCCAAGCACUAGUAACUUUGUCGGCCCACGAAGCGGCCUAUGCAAGGGACUCCAGAGGAUGGCUCUGUGCAGGAAUGGCGGUGCAACUCCUUUCAGACUUGGGAUUACAUCUGGAGCUCGACCACGCGCGCGUCUCAGACGAUGACACUCCAGACAUCACAAAUUUACGUCGAACAGUCUUCUGGGCUACGGAAGGAUUGGAAAUCUUGUGGAGCGCCUACAGUGGCAGACCGUCGUCACUCCGACACGAUGAUCAGAGAAUACCAUUUCCUGCACCACUAAACUCAGAAACAUGGCGACCGUAUGUGGACGAGGGUGACUCGGCACAGAUCCCAGCCGGCCUUGAUGUGACCGUCAUCGGCCAGACCCACGUUUACAUGGCGCGGUUGGUAACCAAAAUCCGGAAGAUAUCAAGGUUUCUCUAUACUGGGCCACAGGUGGCAAUGACCGAGGCAAAGACGUUUGCCAGAAACAUGAUGCGAGAGUUGCAACACUGGCGGAAUUCUCUGCCUGCCGCCAUGCAGGUGCCUUUGGAUUCCGAUGACGAUGCCGACACGCCCAUCGCUCCAGCAGUGAUCAUGUUACAUCUGCAAUUUCACGAAGCCGUCAUUUUCCUGCAGAGGCCAUUUAUAUCCGCGCCAGAUGCGCUGGGAACGAACAUGCUCGAAGCAGGCCCAGUCGACAACAGUCGAAGCAUUUGCGAUGCUUCCGCGAACGCCAUCUGUCGCCUUGUCGUCAUCUAUCGGCAGCAAUGGAACUUGCGACGCGUCCACGCACAGAUUGUCGCCAUCAUCCUCACGGCGGCGCUCAUUCAUGUGCAUAACUGCUGCGUCUUCUCCAGUUCGAAAGGAGUGCAGGCGCAUAAACAACUGUCGAUAUGCUUCCAGGCUUUGGGCGAAAUGUCGCACUUCAACAUGAGCACUCGGGCUCUCGAAAUCAUCUUGUCACUGCGGCGAGAUUGGCAAGAUCAGAUGUUUCGCGACCUGGGGAGAAAGCGCCUCGGUGGUGAUCUUCAGCGGCUUCGUUAG